AUGGCAUCUUCAGAUAGCUGCUCAGAGGUGAAAAUUGACCCUAAGCCCUACAGAGACCAUGCUGAAUCCCAUACAGAGCCAGAGGCUCAGGCAAUGGCAUCUUCAGAUAAUUGUUCAGAUGCGAAAAAUUACCCUAAGUGCUACAGAGAUCAGGCUGAAUUCUGUACAGAGCCAAAAGCAAAAUGCCCUCUGCUGUCAGAUCCCAGCUCUGUUGCUAUGAUUUCCAACCAUUCAGGUGCAAGCAUUAAGCCACCUUCCCCAAACAAACAUUUCAUUCGCGAUACAAACCAGCAGAUUCUCGUCCUCGAAGGCAGCACCCUUGUGGCGGUUCCAGACAAGUAUGGAAAACGUGGAGAGACCUUUUAUGUGUCAACUUUACCCGUAAGAAAAGCCAGCAGCUCAAAGGCAAAUAAGAUUCUUUUGGCUGUAUCUAAGGGAGAACGCUAUCUCUGUUGCGAUAGAGUCAAAAAACCGAAACGUCCCUCAUUAGAAUUAAAGAAAAUUAAAGAACUGAAGUCACUGAGCCGAGAUAAGCUCCUGUCCUUCACCUUCCUGAAGGAAAAGGCUGGUUCCUACUUCACACUGGAGUCAGCUGCUAAUCGAGGGUACUUUAUCUACACCAGCAGCACACCCAGGCAACCUGUAGGAGUGACAAAAGAGCUGGGGAAGCACAAAAAUACCCACUUUGAAUUUGUAAAUGCAAAUGUGGAUUUCAAUGAGAUUAAAAACUGAAAGCACAACAGGACAGUGGCCAGACCAGCUAUGAUAGCAGGAUUUGGCCUCAGCCUGACACCCAUCAACAAAUAGGAGUAACUUCUCUUUAUAAAUAGUACCUUCAAUCAGCAA